AUGUUAAGUCUCAGGACUGCUCCAGCUAUUCUUAUGAAGAGCAUGACAAGAUCGGUGCAUCUAUCACGCCUCAUUCCAUGCAAUUAUUCACGAAUUAGGUACAAUGCUGCCUUGGGGAAGAGGUUCAUCUCUAGCGAGAUCCAGGCGAAGGAUCUACAGGCUGGUGAAUCAAAUACCGCUACAGAUACCGGUGUCAUCCAUAAGACUGAAGAAGAAACCCUUAUAUAUUUUGACAAUGUUUAUCCGAGGGCUACGUCUUUGUGGAAUCCGACACAAUGGUAUAAUCUAUUGCUGAGCAAUCAAUCUAGAGAGGCAGUGAGAAAUAAGAUCAUCCAUUUUGCCUCUCCCGAAUCAAACCCUAUUCAUGGUUUGAAAUUGAUUUCAACGAUUCCGAUUAAAAGAGAUGGUGGUGUGUUUGCCACAUUUUUAGUUCCUAAAAACUACACAAAGGCGGAAGUCAAUGCGUUGGUACAACAGAAUACUUUAGAAGAGUCCUCUAAAUCAAUCUUUUCUUUCUUCACAUCCGCCUCUGCUUUUCCAGUAAAAGGUUUCCCAUGGAUCGAAGACUUGAGAAGGCUUCCUGCAAAAGAAAUAAAAGUAGUAUUCCAAGGACCUCCAUUGACAGAAGAAGAAAUAUAUUCGUUGUUCAGGCGUUAUGGUACUAUUAUCGAUAUUGAACCAACUUCUGCAACAUCCAAGAUUGCAACCGUGAAAUAUAAAGAUCUAAAAGGUGCCAUCUGUGCUAAAAAUUGUGUAUCUGGCAUUGAAAUUAAUAAUACUGUAUUGCAUAUCCAAUAUACACAACAAACUAGAAAUCUAUCGAUCACUAACUUUUUUGUUAAUCAUACAAGAUUAGCAGUCCCAAUAAUCUUUGCUUUAUUAUCUAUCGCAGCCGUUUUAAUUUUCGAUCCAAUUAGAGAAUUUUCAAUUGAACAAAGAAUCACACACAUGUACUCACUUUCGUGGGAUAAUUAUUGGUUAAAGAAAGUAGUUAAUUUUACAAAUUCAACUGUUAUUCAAUUUAAAAAUUAUUGGAACAAUAAUGAACAUGCUUUCGCUGAAAAACAUUUAUGGGAAGAGAGAAUUGGAAAAGUUGAUGAUCUAAAAUUGUGGUUAGAAGAGAAUAAUAACACUUUCGUCGUUGUCAGAGGCCCUAGAGGAUCCGGUAAGAAUGAAUUAAUAAUGCAGCACACUUUACAAGGAAGACAAAAUGUAUUGUAUUUAGAUUGUGACAAAUUGUUAAAAUCAAGAACUGAUGCGCAAUUUUUAAGGAAUGCAUCUCAGCAGUUAGGCUAUUUCCCAAUUUUCCCGUGGAUUAAUUCUGUUACUAGUGUUAUUGAUUUAAUGGUUCAAGGCUUAACUGGUCAAAAAAGUGGGUUAUCAGAAUCUAAAGAAGCAACUUUCAGAACUAUGUUAACCACUGCUCUAACCGCAGUGAGGAGAAUAGCCUUGAAAGGAUACAACCCUGUCAUUAGAGACGGAGGAGAAGACAAGAAUAUCAAGGAAGAGGAUUACUUACAACAACAUCCAGAGGCUAAGCCUGUAAUAGUUAUUGACAGAUAUGAAGGUAAGUCCGAAAUCAAUGGAUUUAUUUAUAAGGAACUUUCUGAUUGGGCAGCAUUACUUGUUCAAUCAAAUAUUGCACAUGUUAUUUUCUUAACUGAAAACGUUGGAUCAAACCAACAAUUAUCCGAAUCACUACCAAAUCAAGUCUUUAAAACCUUAGUUCUAUCUGACGCUUCAAAGGAGAAUUCUAAAAAAUAUGUUAUCUCGCAAUUAUCAGCAGUUGACAAUACAAUAGCCAAGUCAGAUAAGAAUAACGAAGUCCAAACACUUAUCAGAACAAAUGAAACGGAUAUUGACAACGUUUUAGAUCCGUUAGGUGGUAGAAUGUUGGAUCUUCAAGCAUUUGUAAGAAGAGUUAAAUCAGGUGAAUUACCAAAUGAAGCUUUGGAAAAAAUGAUUGAACAAGCAUCUGAACAGAUAACACAGAUAUUUUUAAGUGAUAAAAUAGAACCAUUAAAGAGUGCCCAAGCUUGGGAGUUGAUCGAGCUAUUGAGCAAAACAGAAGUGGUAAAAUACGAAGAUAUUGUUUUCAAACCAUUAUUCAAAGCUGCUCCAGAAAUGGGCAUCAUCGAAUUAGAAAAUAGCGGACUAGUAACAGUGUCAAGAGACAGAGGAGUUUUGAAAGAUAUACAUCCUGCCAAACCUUUAUUCAGAGCAGCCUUUUCUUAUUUAGUGAAUGAUCCAGAAUUGUCAACAAUUUUAAAAACUCGUUAUUUAUUAAAAGUCGUAGCUUUUGAAUCAGGAAGAAUUAAGAAAUGGGAAGAAGAACUCCGUCCACUGGGAAAAUCCGGAGACUACAAAUUAUUUAGAAAGAGAUUGGAAUACCUAUCAGGCAAAAUCGACACUAGUAAUGCCGUAAUCGUCGAUUGUGAAUCUAAGAUAGCCAAAAUGGCAUCAGAAAAAAAGCCAUGA